AUGAACCCCACGGUUGACCCUCAUCCUUCCAACAUUGACCAACUCUCAACCACUCCAACCCUCGAAGUCGACUCGAUUGACACCGACUCGGCUUAUGGCGAUGAAAUAUCAGCAUAUACUGCUUCGAUGACUUCAUCAGUAACAGACUUCCCGGAAGCCCAUGGUCGCACGUAUCAUGCGUAUAGGAUGGGAAGGUACUCCCUUCCCAACGAUGAGAAAGAGAAUGAACGGUUGGACAUCCAUCACGCACUGAUUUAUAGAGCUAUGGGCGAGCGCCUCUACUUCGCGCCCAUAAAUGACAACCCACAGAGGGUCAUUGACAUUGCCACUGGUACUGGGAUAUGGCCGAUCCAAUUCAGUGACCAGCAUCCACUUUCAGAGGUCAUUGGUAACGAUCUGAGUCCAACACAAACUACCAUGGUUCCUCCGAACCUCAAAUUCAUCGUGGACGACAUUGAAGAAGAUUGGAACUAUGAAACACAACCAUUUGAUUAUGUACAUGCUCGAUUUCUCGCUGGUGCGGUUCGGGAUUGGCCACGGCUCGUGCAACAAGCUUUCAAUUGCACGAAGCGUGGUGGCUGGGUCGAACUUCAGGAUUGGAACACAUUCAUCUACUCGCGUGACAACACGAUCCCUCCUGAGUCCGACAUGGCUAAGUUCCACGCCAUGUGUGGCGGCGCCAGAGAGGCACAGGGCUUCGACAUGAAGCCGGGAGGUUCACUUGAGCGCUGGAUGAACGAAGUCGGAUUCCAGAACGUGCGGGCCCACAAACUCUACCUACCACUAGGGACCUGGCCAAAGGACCGACGUCUGAAAGAAAUCGGGGCUCUCAAUUUAUUGCAGAUGCUGGAAGCAGUAGAAGCUAUUUGCUUGGGUACAUUACCGCACGCACCACAACCGUGGAGCUAUGAAGAAAUUCAAAUCUUCCUUGCCGGAAUCCGACAAGACUUUACCAAUCGAAAAAUCCAUGGCCAGUAUGACUUCUACGUGGUCUACGGUCAGCGGCCUUAA